AUGGGCGUAGUAUGUUGCACUACAGUGGUCCAAUGUUGUGCUGGAUCUGAUGUGUUGAGAUGGAGAUCAUUCUAUGCAACUGAAGGCAACCUUUGGAAGGCACAUUACCAGGAGGUAUUUGAUCAUGGCAUUCGUGAGGCUUUCUGCUGUCUGGGACGUGUUAAAUACUUAACUGCCUUGGAGGAAGAUGAAAUAUAUUCAGUUGCACAGUUACUUGGCGAUCUUGUAACAUAUCGUGCAACAGGCACCGGACAUCUGGAACUUUUGGCAGGAUUAGCUUUAUUGCAAAAAUGUAGACCAUUCACUCAAUCACAUGAAGAGUCGCUUGAGAUACCCCCUGAAAGAGUUCAUGAGGCUGCUGUUUUUCAUCAAUUUGCUGAAGCUGCCUAUACGGGUCUUUUACUUGAUGUUGGAAGAAACCCAUUGAUGUUUCCUUGUGCAUGGCUCUAUAGGCAAGGAAUUUUCAGUCUUUGGAGCCGUAACAGGAGGCCUGCAGUUGAAGGGGAUAAUUGGUGGCGAGGUCAUGCAGCAGCCUUUUUGAAGCAUGUCAAGUUGACACCAGAUGCGCUUAGAAAAGGACGUAUUAAUCAAGGCAAGUGUAAAGCAUCAUAUUUUAUGAUGGUUUUACACCAUCUAAAAUCUGUUGUGAUUGCUGUUAGAGGAACUGAGACUCCAGAAGACCUGAUUACUGAUGGUUUGUGUAGGGAAUGCUGCCUAAGCAAAGAGGAUUUGGAUGGCUUAAUUAAUGAUGGUGCAACUACGACAAUGGUUUCUUCAUUAUCAUAUUAUGGUCACUCUGGUGUAAUUGAAGCUGCUCAGGAUCUUUACAUGCAAAUAGAAGGAAAUUCUACUCAAGGUUCAGAAACUUGUGGUUAUCUUUCUUCAUUGUUGGGAGAAGGUUGUGAAUGUGAAGGUUAUAAUCUUCGAAUAGUGGGGCAUUCUCUUGGAGGAGCCAUUGCUGCAGUGUUAGGCUUUCGGUUAUAUCGCCGAUACCCAAAGUUACACGUUUAUGCUUAUGGACCUCUUCCAUGUCUAGAUUUAAAUGCAGCUGAUGCAUGUUCCAACUUUGUCACAAGUGUCAUCCUUAACAAUGAAUUCUCAGCACGCCUUUCGGUUGCAUCAAUCAUGAGGCUUCGUGCAGCUGCAAUUGAUGCACUAUCACAAGAUAGCAUAGCCAGAUCAGCAAUUGUUUCACUGGCACACCGUUAUUUUUCUCUCAAUGGUUUCAACGUAAAGGACAACAAAAUGCUUAAAGAGGUUUCUGAUUUCAGUUCGCUGUCAAAGGUUGAAGCAAGGACAACACAAACAUUGAGACAAACCCAUCAAUAUGGGAGGGGGGAAGAAGACCUGGAAUCUUGUUGGGACGAAAUUGGCAAAGAAGACAGCUCCAAGCCCGAGAUUAGCUUAACUGAUUCCAAACCUAAUUACGAUGAUUUAUUCAGUCCUCCUAACGUAUGUCACUAUGAUGAUCAGUUUAAAUUAGCAACAGCCAUUCCUUCAUCAGAAACUCGGUCAUCUCAUAAUGUCCCUGAAAUGUUUGUACCGGGACUUGUUAUCCAUAUAGUUCCAGUAAAAGAACAUGUCCAUCAUCCUUUAUUGAAACGCUUCAGUAUUUGGGAGGAAGAUUGUAGUUACAAAGCAUACAUUGCAAAACGAGAAUCCUUCAAGGAUAUUAUAGUAUCACCAUCCAUGUUUCUUGACCAUUUACCAUGGAGAUGCUACAGGGCUAUCAGGAAAGUAUUAGACAGUGAAAACCUCCGCUCUCUGUGA